AUGAAGCUCCAGUGCGUGAUCCUGGCCACUCUCCUCCUCCUGCUGCCAGCAGGCCGCGGUGGCAAGCCCGAGAGCUCCGCCAUCGACCUGCGGACCUUCAUCGGCUGCGCCGUGCGUGAGUUCACCUUCCUGGCCAAGAAGCCCGGCUGCAAGGCGCUGCGGAUCACAACGGAUGCGUGCUGGGGACGCUGCGAGACCUGGGAGAGGCCAAUUCUGGAACCGCCUUACAUCGAGUCUUACCACCGCGUGUGCACCUACAACGAGACCAAGCUGGUGACGGUGAUGCUGCCGAAGUGUGCCCCGGGUGUGGAUCCCUUCUACACUUACCCCGUGGCCAUCCGCUGCGACUGCGACAUCUGCUCCACUGCCACCACCGAGUGUGAGACUGCCUGA